AUGUCGUCAGAAAUAUCAAUGCCAGAGAUCAAGCAGCCUGCAUCGAGAAGGAGGCAAGUGCAGGCUUGCUCUGAGUGUCGCAGACGGAAGAUCAAAUGCAAUCGGGUGUUCCCUUGCGGACCUUGCAAGUCUAGAGGAGAUGAUGCUAUCUGCAGGGAGGUUCAAAAGCACGAGGAAUCUGUGACUGGCUGCGCAUCUGCGACGUCAAUGGACAUGCUCACUAACCGAGUACUGCAUUUGGAAGCCGCCUUAAGGACAACUCAGCAAGCUUUGCCUCAGAACGUUCAAUCAACUCUUUUACCUCCAUCCCUGUCCCUUUCUCAUGAAAUGGCUUCUGGCGCCACUCCGGCAAAAUUCGAGGGACAAAACAGACGAGGCAGACCAUCAAAAGGCAAAGGUAAGUCCAUCAAAUCAGAGGAUUCAGGACAUGGUGCGAUUGAUGCAACACAAACGAGACCAUUGGGAUCCGGAAUUGUAUCAAAUGACUCUGAAGAGGAGGAAGCAGCAAUGAUUCUUGAGGACUUUGCUUUCGGUAGAAGGGAAAAGUCUUCUCUGAAUAACGAUCGUCUAAAAUUCGGCAGCACGCCAGCAUCACCGGCUAAGUCGAUCAAUAAUCCGGCAAUCAAAGGAGAUAAUGAAGCAUCGGCGAAUACAUGCCCUGGCCGCUCGGGUCCUAAACAUGCUGUUAAUUUUGCUGCACCUACCUUCAAUCCCGCCUUUAAUCCCCCUGACUUUAUGCUGGCACGCAAUGAGACGUCGGCCGACAACUACCAGAGAAACAUCCUCUCUGUGCUACCUAGCAGAAAAGUCGGCGAGGCGCUAAUGUCGAUAUACAUCCGCAAGGUGGACUUUUUCCAAAAAGUCAUGCAUAUACCGACUCUCAAGAAGGAUCAGGAAAAUUUUUGGAACCAGUAUGAGGCACACGCGACGGGAGGACGCUUGGAAAUUGCACCUGCAUUUCUUGGCUUAUACUUGAUGAUUUUGUGUGCUGCAAUACACUUCGCAGAUGCCGAUGAGGCUGUCAACGCCGGCUUGUCACCUCAGGAACAUGAGUCACUACCUGCUCUAUACUUCGCUGCAAGUAGAGCAGCAUUAUGGGCAAGCGAUUAUCUCGAAAACCACAAUUUGAAUAAUCUGCAAACUAUCGUCCUCAUGGGUCUUUAUCUGAACAACGUCAAUGCUUCAUCUACCCAUCAUUCUUUGCUAGGUGCUGCUAUAAAAAUUGCACAGAAUCUUGGGCUAUCAAGACUUGGCGAUGAAGAUUCUUUGGCGCAUGAUGGUGCUAUAGCGCCUGAAUCGAGGGGUUCAAAAAAGUUUAGCUGGGUUGGUAUGUGGUCUUGUGUUAUUACGCGCGAGGUCGGUCGAAGGAUUUGGUGGAAUCUGGUUCAGCUAGACUGGUUUUUGGCUGCUUCUCAUAAUUACAGUUAUACAAUACAUCCUUGCCAGAAUAGAUGCAGUCUACCGAUCAACAUCGAUGACGAUGAUCUGGUUGAAGGUCAAAAAUUAGAGUCUAAGCCAAUGUCUGUCUAUACCGGCAUGACGUAUCAGCUUACACGUCUUCUCAUCUUAGAGCCAGUACGGGAGAUCGUCGAUGAAUUUAACGAGACAGGCCAUAUAACGUUUGAAUUUACAAUGAAACAGGACAAUAAAAUCAAAACUCUAAUUGAGCAGCUCCCUGCUUUUUACCGAAUGGAUUUCGAUGUACGGUUGCUAGGACUAUCGCCAGAAAAGAACCAGAUUUUCUUAUGGGAGAGAACUCUGCUGAAUCUGUCAGCACAGAUGAGACUUGUGAGACUCCACCGACCAUUCUUAUCAAAGGGAUACAGACACAAGAGCUACGAGCAGAGUAAGAAGACAUGUGUCGAUGCAGCUAGGACGUCACUCUCCGUGCUUAGACAGACGGAUCGUAGUGGAUUCUUGGAGAGGUGGUGGAUAUGUGCCUACUAUGCAUUCGCUAGUGCGAUAGUCAUAUUCAUUGACCUCAUCCACGAUGAUCCUAUGAGUUUUGACGCGAUGCAGAAACGAGAAGAAAUCCGCAGCGCACUUAACAUGCUCAAAGGAGCAAGAUCAUUUAGCUCUGGUGCUGACCACUCAGCAUCUCUGUUGGAAGGCCUACUUGCAGAAGAAGUGAGACAGAAACCCGAUCUCAAGCGCAAACUGGGCGACGAAGGUGAUAGUGGGAAAAGGAAUAGAUCUAAGGAUUUAUCGAUCCUCGUAAAGAAACUUUCAGAUGAAGGUCAAGCAGCCAAAGCCAGUUCGCCCAAUAGCUCACACUCCACGCCUCACCAUCUACCCGAAGCCUCUUAUCAUCCAAACAGUCUGCAGACGUAUGCUAUGGUCAACAACGACAUAAAUAUGGCUCAAGACACGAACAAGAAGGUUGAUCAUCAAGUUAUUACUGAUGAUCUGCUCAAGUGUGUAUUCAAGGAAGGUAGUCAGUAUGACACGAGUAUUCUUGGAGUACCGAAUACUAGCAAUGAUCCACCUCAGCAACAACAACAGCAGCCAUUUAGUAUAGACUUUAACAACUUUAACACAAGUUAUCUGCCGCAGGCUAACGAUAUGUUCGCCAAUAGCAACAUGCAGUUGAAUAUGGACCAGUUGUUCGACACAGGAGAGAACAAUAACAGUUGGGGUAUUCUAGGAGGGAACUCAUUAAGUUAUUUGUAA